UCAUCUGAUGUAAUUUUCUAACCCUAAGUUCCUCACCAUUCAACCUAUACCCUUCAAAGGUAGGGUUGCUUGGGAGUAACAAAACAACACCAUGAGCCUCAAUUGCCUUUCUUGCGGCCCCAUUCUCCAAAGGGUGAAUUCAAAUAACAAUGAUGCAUGUCUCCCAGCAAAAGAAGAAUCAAUCAGAUCCUACGACAAUAACAACAAUAACAAUAACAACAACAAUAACAACAACAUCGACAACAACAAUAACAAUAACAAUAACAACAACAAUAGUAAGAAAAAAGCGAGACAUAACAGAAGCUUGUCUUAUGGGAACAUGACACCACCCCAAUAUGCAAAUAGUGGACCUUUGGCCAAGGUUAAGGCACAACAUCAUAGACGUAGCAACAGUGAAAGUGGUGUUGAACCAAGAUUGGUAAGGAGCAGUGGAAUGAGAAGAGAUUGGAGUUUUGAGGAUUUGUCUACCCAACAAAAAGACAAGGGAGUUCGAUGCCAUUGAGGUUUCUGUGUCUGUCAUUCAUUCAUAUGUCUCAAUUGUUGGUUGGUUUCCCUAUUUCCAUAUAUAAAUACACCGUGUAUUCAUAAUAAUUUGCUGGGUUUGGAAGAAAUUAUUACAUGCAUGAAUGAUCCAUUCAUUCAUGCAUCAUCAUCGCCAUGUGGUUUUAAAGGUUUGAUCAGUCUCAGCCUUAGUGUGACAUGUAAUCAAGUUUUUCAAAUUUUACCGAAGGGAAAAACGAUGAAACUGGUUCAUGUUUCACUUAGAAAUUGAUCAAAAUCGUGUAAAAAAAAUUAUUGUUCUUUUGAAUAUAAGGAGGGAGAAGAAGUGAGAGAUGUGUAAUUAAAGAAGGGAUUAGUGAAACGUUCUAGUAUUUAUGUGUUUUCAAACACUUGGCGAAUUUUAUGGGAGGUUUUUUUUUUUUCACCAUGGUAAAUUUUAAUUUUAAUUUUUUUUAUUUGUUGUUGU